GGCACUUCUUUUUUUCUGUGGCAAGAUGGAGCCGUGCCAGUUUAUUGCAGCGUUGAUGUGAGUUCCCCAUGGGUGUGAUUUCGCCCGUAAGGGGUUUCGAUCAACGUUUCACGCGCUCUCGGAACCUUUGACAUCAUGGAAACUAGCGCUGGAGUCAAGGACAGCGAAAUCCGAGCCGAAAAUGAAGCUCUCAAGCUCGAACUGGAGCGGCUCCACCGCGAGCUCGCUCAGACCAGCCACGAAAAGAUCCAGUCAGCCCAGUACGGUCUCGUGCUGUUGGACGAGAAGCAAGCCCUGCAGCAAAGAUGCGACGAGUUCGAAGCCAUGUACGACACCACGAAGCACGAGAUGGAAAUACUUAAAGAGGCCCUCGCCAAGGUGCAGACGAGCCAGAAAGUGUCUACAACUACUGGCAUCGAGCAGGAAGAGAGCCUUCUCCAGGAAACUGCAACCAAGGAAGCCUCACUGACAUCCUCUCUCCAGGAAUUGGAAAAGGAACUGAAACAGGUUCGCCAGGAGCUCAGUCGGGUCCUGGCUGAGAAGGAGCGGCUUCAGAACGAGAACUACGAGAUCACGAAGCACGGCGAUGUGUCGGACUGGGAGCGCAAGAACCUGCGCUCAGAGCUGAAAGACAUGAAGCUCAGGGAACAGAGGCUGCUCACGGACAACAACGAACUCGAGGAAGAGAACAUCUCUUUGCAAAAGCAGGUCUCGUCGCUGCGCUCGUCGCAGGUGGAGUUCGAAGGCGCCAAGCAUGAGGUGCGUCGCCUGAAGGAAGAGGUGGAAUCACUGAACGCCCAGCUUGAGGAGGUGGGCUCACUUCGGCGCAUUGCCGAGCAGCAGCUGCAGGAAGCAUUAGAAGCACUCCAGUCGGAGCGAGAGCAGAAGUACGCUCUUCGGCGGGAGCUGGACCAGCGGUUGACGGCCGAGUCGCCCGUGUUCCACCUCGAUGGUCUCUCCUUCGCGGGCUUUCGGCUCGGAAAUGCCAAUCCAGACGAGAGCAACCGGGUCGAAGAUGAGGAUGGCGACUCUGGCGCGCCUGUGCUCAAGCAAAUUGAGGCGGACUUCAUCAACCAACCUAUGGAACAGAAAGGAGAAGGGUCCACAACCUGUCGGCCAUCUACGGUGGGCGACCUCUUCAGCGAACUGCAUCUCACCGAGAUCAGGAAGCUCGAAAAGCAGCUUGAACAGCUCGAAACGGAGAAAGGCCACCUGUCGGGAUGCCUGGAGGACGCCCAACAGCAGCUGGAGAAGCUGCGCUCAAUACCUGGCGGAGACCAGAGGCUUGUUCUGGCGAGGCUGGUCGAACCGAUCCGGGCCCUCAUUGCUUUGCAUGGCGAGGAAGUGGGCACCGACGGCACUGAGAAUGACAUGGACGACGUGACCAAGCUGCAGAAACUCCUCGACAAGCACGAACAGCGCUACCGCAAGGCCCUCUUGCAGAUUGCCCAGCUUCAGGCCGAGCUGGAUGGCAUGUCUGAAAGUGCCGAUGGCGAAGCAGAUACGGUCAUGAGUGGCAAGCUUAGAGAUGAGAUUGCCAACCUGAAGAACAAGGUUCACGACUAUGAACAAAUCAUGGCAGAAAUCAAGGAGGACUUGAGUGUCGUCAGCGAGUUCACUGAUGAGACACGCAACAGGCUUGGUGCUGCACAGGAGGAGCUUCUGGCAGUUUCUGAAGACCUAGCGCAGCUGUAUCACCACGUCUGCACUGUGAACGGCGAGACUCCGAGUCGUGUUGUACUAGAUCACGCAAAGGGUUCUCGGCCUGCUGAGGAAGGAGAAACUCCAGUGGCCACUGAGGACACACCCUCUUCAGAGAAGGCACCAUCCGACAGCUCUCCGAUUGAGAAGCUCAAAACCGAACUCUUCCGCCAGGCUCUGCUCCGCGAGAAUGCUGUUGACCCAUCGCAGUGUGCAACGCUCAGCGAAACACUUCGCGACCAAGUCCGGCAUCUACGUGUUGCUGUGGAAACGACCAUGGAAAUGGGACGCAGUCGUGCGCCCCCAAUCGGUGACGGUAUGGCCGGCACCGCCGAGGAGGAAGAACUCCAGGAGCAGGUCAUCAAGCUCAAGUCGCUCCUGUCGACGAAGCGGGAACAAAUUGCAACCCUCCGUGCCGUGCUCAAGGCCAACAAGCGGACCGCCGAGGUGGCCCUCACCAACCUCAAGUCCAAGUACGAAACGGAGAAAGCGGUUGUCAGUGAGACCAUGACGAAGCUCCGGCACGAGCUCAAAUCGCUCAAAGAGGACGCCGCGACGUUCGCCUCGUUGCGUGCAAUGUUUGCGGCACGGUGCGAAGAAUAUGUGGCUCAGCUCGACGACCUCCAGCGGCAGCUCGCAGCUGCCGAGGACGAGCGCAAGACCCUCAACUCGCUGCUUCGCAUGGCAAUCCACCAGAAGCUGGCGCUGACGCAGAGGCUCGAGGACAUGGAGAUGGACCGGGAGCGGUCGCACAUGCGUAGGCACACGGGCACGCCACGCCGAGGCCCCUCGCAGCAGAGCGGUUCGGCGCAGCAGCAGCAACAGCAGAGAGGCAGUCCCCACCACUCUUCGCUGCCAUUCUUCGGCUAUGGCGGCAGUCACCAGCGUAGGGACUACUGAAUGCAAGAAGCUGCAGCACAGCCGACAGGCGAGUCAAGCUGCAGGGUCGACGCAGUGAUUGGCCAGGCAUGUGGCUGCGCCGUGACUACUGCCUUGACGGAUCACAGCAGGGCUGACCGACACUCCUGCUUCCGGACGCGUUUUUGACAACAGCUGGCGCCAUGGCAGUUGACCAGCUGCUGUGAAUGCAGUUCUGUUUCUUUCAGACGCAUCUAGCAGACGACUGGCCAAGGCUGUUGACCGGCUGUUAUGAAGACCACAUCUGUGGUUUUCUUUACCAUGGCAGCUGGUGAUAAAGCGGGACUUAGAGGCACUGCUCCUUCCAAAAGUGUCUGGCCGUAAUGAGCAGCCACUAUCAAGACAGUGGGCAACUGACAUGAAUUUUAUACUGCAACACAAGCAGCAGACAUGGCCACUAUGGCACGCUCAAAAGAGAUGCAGUCAUGGCUGCCGACUACAUUUCCCAUCAGGACAGUGGUGACAUCUUCUGUCCCAAGUGUGGUCGUUAACUGUGACUACUCAAGAGCGCUUGUGACAAGGAAGAUGAAGUUGACAACUUCCUCUUCGUACCAGCGUUGUCUGGUGAAGCUUGGUGCUCCUCCCCCUGUCAUCCUGAAGGCACAUGUCAUAGUUUGACGAAAAGUGAACUACGCUAGAAUUGACAUUCACAUUAACAUUAGGGUGUGAGCGCAUACUGGGCUGGACAGACCUGUCGGCACCUCUUUUAUGCCCUUCUGUCGGCCUCGUUGAAAGAGUGCAAGAAAAAAAAGAAAUUUUUCUUCUAACCCUUGUCCAGCCACUGGUCGUGGUAAGUCCCUUGAAAAUGUGUGACCAGUUUCUCUCUGAAACGGGAAGCACCUUGCCCCGGUACUCUUAAUCUUGUCAUCGAGCGAGUCCUCGACAGUUUGUACUGUGCAGAAAUCAUUGCGUGCUGGCCACUUUGAAGCAAGCGGUUUUCGUUUGAAUCCGUGAAGCCGAAUUUCACGCUACGUUUUAAGCAGCUAUUUUUCACUCAUGCAGCAGCUGAGCACAGCGUUUUUGCUGUUGCAUCCGAAUAUUGCCACAAGCAGCGAGACGUCCACAGGGCCAACAUUUCUCUUAAAAAGGAGUUUGGGCUUCUUCAAAAUUGUGUCAAUCAGCUGGCUAGCCGGCUAAGCAACUCAGGCACAUCUUUUUUUUUUUCGUAUGUUACACCGCCCACUGCUGUUGCUGUUAAUAGGCUGUAUCAUAUGUGUCUGCUUUGUGUCAAAAGACUUGUGAAAUGCAUGGUGGGUUGGUACUUAAAUGGUGUCAUGUGUUUGACACUUGAAAGAAAUCUAGGGAAAUGGCUAUGGCUUAUUGUACGGUGAUGUUUUUAUUUCAGGCAUUCGAGGAGUUUGUGGUGAAAUGAACGUGUCAUGUCGGUAAGGCAGUUCUAGCUGUGCAGUAUUUUCAAGCAUGGAUGUCAGAGCGCACCCUCCUCUCUGACUCCAUUUUAUUCCAACAGAGAACACAAUACCUGAAGAAAAAAAAGUGUGCAUGUCAGCAGCAUAGAGCACGUUGAUAGAAAAGCAUUGUUUUGUUUAGUCGUUCCACAAUGUGGAAUUGAGUGCAUUCCAAUCGAGGGAAGAAGUGGGGGGCCCAAGGCCAAUGCCAAAGUGGUAUUUAAGAGUGUGCGUGCUAAUUGUGCUAAUAUAGUUGAAAUAUUCUGUUUUAUAUAUUUACAUAGGUAGCAUGUUUUAAUGUCAUCGUCCAGUUUUAUAUGCAAGUUCAUGUGUUUGAAAAUGAGCGUCUGUGUUUGCACUUUUGGUUAGGUACUUCCCGUCUUUUUUUUGUUGUGGGGACUAUCCUGUACUGCCUGCAUAUCUGAAAUGGGCGGUAAAUUAUACACCACCCCCCUAGUAAUAAUUUCUCUAGUGACUUACCGGCAUUACAUGGUGGCAGCUUUUGUGCUACAUAAUAUUGUACAGUAGUUUUUGCCCGUUUAUUUCUUUGUAUGCAUUUGCACUAGCAAUAGCUUAGCUGUGCUAGUUGAGAGUUUAUGGAAAACAUGCAUUUUGUGUGCAGUGUGAAGUUGUUUUAUAUUUGUUUUUAGCUCUGUUCACAAGCACAUUUUGUUAAUUUUAGUGCUGUAAAAAAAGUGAUGCCCUAUUGGUUAAUAUUGUAACCAGUUUAUCAUAGGUUACCCUACUCAUUUCUCUCUAAUGAACUGUUUGAAAAUGUGUGCAACAUGUAUUAUGUGUUUAACACAUAGGGCGAUGCAAUUCUUUCUGUUCAGUUGAAGCAAUUUAUGUCUCUCGUUAAGUGCUUGGCACUCCCUGUACUUGGCAAUGCACUUAGGUUUGAUCAUGCGAGCCAGAAUUGAGAGACUAAGAUAUUUUCCAGUGGUGUCAUCUUGUUUUCGAUGAUCCGUGCUACUGUGUUCCCAUGGUUCCUUCCUUGACCUGUUACAGCUAUGGCUGCUCUGAUCAGCUCAGCUCUGCUAGCCUAGUACCAAAAUGAAUUUGACCGAUGCCAACCAGAAUGACAGCGUGAAUGCGUGCUGUGCGUGUAGUGGAAUUAUUAAAGUGCCUAACUACUGACUGUGCCUUCCCGUGUCCAACCCCCACAUCUUUUUAGGUUUGUACAACUCGUUUCUCCCCAAGGCUUGAAUGAUGCGCAAGUUGCAUGUUUGUAGAACGGCAAUGCUACUUGUAAAAGAAUAAGUACUGCUUCCCAAGGAUUUUGUGGUUUUGUUUUUGGGCACACGGCAGUGCUUUGUCUUGUGUUGGGCCCUUCUUGUUGAGAAUGUGAAGAAAGGAAACCGUCUGGAGUUGCCGUCCUGCCAUGGUUUUUUUUUCCGCAGGGCCCACUAAAAGUUUUGUCCAAAUGUAUUGUUUUUGUGUCACUGUCUCUUGGACUCUCUUGAGAAGUUGCUUGCUAUGGAGUGGUGUGUUUAUUUAUAUUUUAUGCAAAAUAAAAACUACAAGGUGCUUGUUGUGAGGUGA